UUAGGAACAGCUUGCAAAUGCAUGAGCUCCAUCCAACCUUUACUCAAGAGAAAAUCCAACACGAGCUUCACGUGGAGGAUAUGCAUGUUUUAUAUCAACAUGUAACUUUUCUUGAAUAGUGGAAAAAGAUGGAGCUACAGUUGGAAAACCAAAGCCAGCCUUUCAACAGCAACACCGUGAGGCUGCCAGGUAAACCUGUACUGGGGAUGGGUGUAGACAACUUUAUUUCUCUUCUGAUAUUUGGACUUGUUUUCAUCCUCGGGGUGCUUGGGAACACCAUGGUGAUCACGGUGCUGGCACGCAGUAAACCGGGACAACCGAGGAGCACAACUAACAUCUUCAUCCUCAACCUGAGCGUGGCGGACCUCUCCUACCUCCUCUUCUGCGUCCCCUUCCAGUCCACCAUCUACAUGCUGCCCACAUGGGUGCUGGGAGCUUUCAUCUGCAAGUUCAUCCACUAUUUCUUCACCGUGUCCAUGCUGGUCAGCAUUUUCACUCUGUCGGCGAUGUCCGUGGACCGUUACGUGGCCAUCGUCCACGCCAGGAAGUCCUCCUCGAUCCGGGUGGAGAGUCACGCCAUGUUCGGAGUAGUGCUGAUCUGGAUCCUGUCUCUGGCCAUGGCAGCUCCCGUUGCGCACUACCAGGGCAUCGUGGUGAGGGAGGACAACAACACCUUCUGCUGGGAGGUUUGGCCAGGUCACCAGAGGAAAGUCUACGUGAUGUGCACUUUUGUUUUUGGAUACCUCCUGCCUCUCACUCUGAUAUCUGUCUGUUACGCAAAGGUUUUAAACCAUCUGCACAAAAAGCUGAAGAAUGUGUCCAAAAAAUCAGAGCUCUCCAAAAAGAAGACUGCCCAGACAGUCCUGGUGGUGGUCAUCGUCUUCUGCCUGUCUUGGUUGCCUCACCACAUCGUUCACCUGUGGGUGGAGUUUGGCUCUUUCCCCCUGAACCAGGCCUCCUUCCUGUUCAGGAUGGUGGCUCACUGCUUGGCCUACAGCAACUCCUCCGUCAACCCCAUUAUCUACGCUUUCCUGUCGGAGAACUUCAGGAACUCCUACAAGCAGGUUUUCUGGUGCCGGAUGACCAGCAAGUGUCCCGUGAAAGACACCAGGGAGCUCCGCAGCAGGAUGGAGACGGCACCGUCCACUAACAUCAGCAUGACUUACAAAGGUCAUGACUCUCAGACCAGCAAAAUGCUCUGAUGUGGCCCCUGGUGCUGAGAGAAUCUUCUGUUUUCUUCUGUAUGAUGAUCCUGGAUUUUUAAAUCCAAUACGUAUUGGUAUUUGAGAUGGAAAAACCCCACAUUACUGAUAUAUUAUAUAUUUCUGUUCAACAUACUGUUAACAGCUGUGCACGGAGCUCUAUCAAACUCAGUAACAUUACUCAUGUGUCACCACAUGUUUUCAGUAGUCAUUUGUCCAAUUUUCUGUAAUAUAUUUUCCACAGUCUAACAUGCAGGUGCAUCCUUGAAACCUACUGUACAUGUUGGAUUUUCCCCAUUUCUACUAAUGGGAACUUCUGAUUUAGUGCUCUUAAACUUAACGUCACUGUAAAAUGUUUUCACAGUUUUGUCUUUUUAUUAUAAGCAAACAAAUGCAUUCAAGUCAGCCCACAUAACCACGUGGACAAUAUUUUUUUGUGAGUGUAUAAAUUAUACAAAGAGAUUCAUAAAUAAUAAUAAUAAUAAUAAUAAUAAUAAUAGCACAGCUGUAAUCCGUGACAUGCUACAUCUUGUUUGGACGUAAUGAGUUUUACUCUGAUCUGUGCAGUUUACAUAUUGUUUCCUGUUUCUCACUAAGGCUGAAUUAGAUUAAGAUGACUUUUGCAAACAGGUACUGCUGCGUGUUCCUCUCCGCCCCCUGCAGCCAUUAUGCAUACAGUAUCUUACAGCAGCCUUUCAUACUGCCUCAGAAAACAGAGAAAAGGGUUUUGCAUUUGAGAAGCAGGGAUUUAUGCAAAGCAUGAGAGGAUUUCAUGUAUGGAAAUGAGAUUUACUGUGAAGAAACAGAGCCCACUUAGAGGUGUUUCUUAAAUGCAGGUACACGACUGCAUUGGUAGUCAGGUUACUUAAAACAUAUGAGCUUUAAUUUUAAUAUCCUGUAUUGCAUAAGAUAACCUGCUGUUACUCAAAGCCAAAACGCUCAAAAUAACUUGUAAAAACUGUUCUUCUUACUGCGGAGAAGCUGUCAGGUCUUCUAAAUAUGACAGAAUAACAUCUUUUUGGGGAUUUUUUGUGUGUGUGUUGUUUUCUUGUUUUUGUAUGUGUUUUCUUUUCAACACAUCUAAAUAAAGAUAUUAAACAUCUGA